GAAGAAGAAAAGAAGGAGAAGGAAGAGGAGCAACAGAAGAAUAAUGGGGACGAGGAUAAAACCAUCAAGAUGAUGAAAGUGGCAGGAACCGCGGCCAAGAAAACUGGCAAGAAGGCAGCAAAGAAAACUGGGAAAAAAGUGGCAAAGACUCAAGCCAAGAAAGCCGGAAAGAAAGCGGUGAAGAAGCAAGCCAAGAAACAAGUAAAAAAACAGGCAAAGAAACAGGCAAAGAAGCACGCAAAAAAGCACGCAAAAAAGCAAGUCAAAAAGCAAGUGAAGAAAAAGGCAAAGAAAAAAGUGAAACAGAAAGCGAAGAAGAAGGUCAAGGACAAAGCAAAAAAGAAAGUCAAAGACAAAGCCAAAAAGAAAGUAAAGGACAAAGCAAAAAAGAAGGCCAAAGACAAGGCAAAAAAGAAGGUCAAGGACAAAGCGAAGAAGAAAGUCAAGAAAAAGGCAAAGAAAAAAGUGAAGGAUAAGACCAAGAAAAGCGUCAAGAAAAAAGUGAAGAAGAAAAUAAAAGAGAAGGCUAAGGAACAAGUGGAAGAUAUGAUAGAGGAUUUGAAGGACGAUGCCUUGGAUGAAAUACAGAAUGCUGCUGAAGAUUUUAUUCGAUUUCAGUUGGAGACAAGACUCGGUGGACAACAUCAAGACGAUCAGGUCAGUAAUCACGGUAAUCGCAGACAAUAA